AUGAGACUAACUGGGGUCAGAGUCACCAAGGUAGACUGGCAGCGGUCAAAGAAUGGCGCUGCCCACCACACCCAGGAAUACCCUUGCCCUGAGCUGGUGGUUCGCAGAGGCCAGUUGUUCAACCUUAUCCUGGAUCUGAGCGGAGAACUGGACAGCGAGGAAGCCCUCAUCUUCACGGUGGAGACAGGGCCCCAGGCAUCCGAGACUCUCCACACCAAAGCUGUGUUCCAGACAGCGGAGCUGGAGGUGAGCGAUGCCUGGACAGCAGCAAAGGAGGUACAGUCAGGGAACACCGUGACCGUCAGCCUCACCAGCCCUCCGGAUGCCAUCAUCGGCCGUUACCUACUGAGAGCCAGGCCUUCUUCUCGCCGGAAGCACAGUGACCGGAAGCUGGGCGAGUUUGUUCUCCUGUUCAACCCUUGGUGCCCAGAGGACGAUGUGUUUCUGGCCUCAGAGGAGGAGAGACAGGAGUACGUGCUCAAUGACAGUGGUAUCAUCUUCCGAGGCAUGGAGAAGCACAUCCGAGCCCAGGGCUGGAACUACGGGCAGUUUGAGGAGGACAUCUUGGACAUCUGCCUCGCCAUCCUGGACCGAAGCCCCAGUCACCAGAGCGACCCAGCCGCCGAUGUGUCCCGACGCCACGACCCUGUCUAUGUCACCAGGAUCAUCAGUGCCAUGGUGAACAGCAACAAUGACCGGGGUGUGGUGCAGGGCCAGUGGCAAGGCAAGUAUGGCGGUGGCACUAGCCCCCUGCACUGGCGCGGGAGUGUGGCCAUUCUGCAGAAGUGGUUCAAAGGCAGGUACAAGCCGGUCAAAUACGGCCAGUGCUGGGUCUUCGCUGGAGUCAUGUGCACAGUCCUCAGGUGCCUGGGAAUCGCCACCCGGGUCGUGUCCAACUUCAACUCAGCCCAUGACACUGACAAGAACCUGAGUGUGGACAAAUACGUGGACUCUUUUGGGCGGACCCUGGAGGACCUGACAGAAGACAGCAUGUGGAAUUUUCACGUCUGGAACGAGAGCUGGUUUGCACGGCAGGACCUGGGUCCCUCUUACAAUGGCUGGCAGGUUCUGGAUGCUACGCCCCAGGAGGAGAGUGAAGGUGUGUUCCAGUGUGGCCCAGCCUCAGUCACCGCCAUCCGCGAGGGUGACGUGCACCUGGCCCACGAUGGCCCCUUUGUGUUCGCGGAGGUCAAUGCUGACUACAUCAUCUGGCUGUGGCACAAGGAUGAGAGUCGGGAGCGUGUGUACUCGGACACAAAGAAGAUCGGCAGAUGCAUCAGUACCAAAGCUGUGGGCAGCGAUUCCCGCGUGGACAUCACAGGCCUCUACAAGUACCCAGAAGGGUCCCGGAAGGAGCGGCAGGUGUACAGCAAGGCGGUGAAGAAGAUGCUCAGCGUGGAAGCCUGGGGGAGGCGCACGUGGAUCCGCAGGGUUGGUGGCUGUGGCCUCUGGCGUGAUGACCUCCUGGAGCCGGCCACCAAACCCAGCAUCACUGGCAAGUUCAAGGUGCUGGAGCCACCGAGGCUGGGCCAUGACCUGAAGCUGGCUCUGUGCUUAGCUAACCUCACCAACCGGGCCCAGAGGGUUCGAGUGAAUCUGAGUGGUGCCACCAUCCUCUACACCCGCAAGCCAGUGGCCGAGAUCCUGCAUGAAUCCCAUGCAGUAAAGCUGGGGCCACAAGAAGAGAAAAAGAUCCCAGUUGCAAUAUCUUAUUCUCAGUACAAAGAAGACCUGACUGAGGACAAGAAGAUCCUGCUGGCUGCCAUGUGUCUUGUCACCAAAGGAGAGAAGCUCCUGGUGGAAAAGGACAUCACUCUGGAAGACUUCAUCACCAUCAAGGUCCUGGGCCCAGCCGUGGUGGGACUGGCGGUUAUGGUGGAGGUGACAGUGGUCAACCCGCUCUCGGAGAGCGUGAAGGACUGUGUGCUGAUGGUGGAGGGCAGUGGCCUGCUCCAAGGACAGCUCAACAUUGAGGUCCCCAGCCUGGAGUCCCAAGAGAGAGCAUUGGUCCAGUUCAACAUCACUCCCUCCAAGAGUGGCCCAAGGCAGCUGCAGGUGGACCUUGUCAGCCCCCACUUCCCAGACAUCAAGGGCUUCGUGAUGGUCCACGUGGCCACAGCCAAGUGA